CUAAAGAAACUAGUAACUGCAUCAGCACUCCCAGUACCAUGGCUGCCAAUGAUAAAUUUCCACUGCGCUUGGUCCUCCUAGGAAAAACAGGCGUUGGCAAAAGUGCUACAGGAAACACCAUUCUUGGAGAAAGGAUGUUUUUGUCAGAGGUUAGAGGCUCAUCUGUUACACAAAAAUGCACUUCUCAUACGAAAGAAAUAAAUAAUCGAAUUGUUACAAUCAUUGACACACCUGGUUUGUAUGACACAUCAAGAUCUGAUAAAGAAAUCACAGAAGAGCUUGUCAGAGGGACUGAGUUAAUAGCUCCUGGUCCUCAUGCAUUUCUACUUCUUCUUGAUGUGAGGCGUCACACUGAAGAGGAGAGAAACACUGUCAAAAAAUUUCAAAAAAUCUUUGGUGAUGAUGUGUGCAAGCAUAUGAUUGUAUUAUUCACUCAUGGAGAUGAUCUUGAGUAUGACAAAAAAACCAUAGAAAGCUACAUUACCGAGGCUGGACCGGACAUUCAGAAACUGAUAACAGCAUGCAGACAUAGGUACCAUGUGUUCAACAACAGGUCGGAGAAUGAAAUCCAAGUGAAGAAAUUCUGGGAAAAGAUAAACAAGAUGCUGCACACAAACAAUUAUAGUUACUAUAGCUAUGAGCUGUUUACAAAGGCAGAGGAAGUCAAGAAGGAAAAAGCAGAUAAAAAAGAGUGGGAACGACGACAUAAUGAGUUGCUGCAGGAAUUAAAGAAACUUCAAAGGGAAAACCAAAAGGACAUAUGUAUUAUAAUAUAAUACAGAAAAUAAAUCACUUUCAGAAACACAAAACCAGAGGAUUUAAAAGAAAAGAAGAAAAAUUUAAAGCGUGGAACAGCAUAUUCCUGCAUUUUAUAAAGGAGAUUUUUCUGGAAAAUUUAUGUCAUAUUUGAUGUCAGAUGAUCCUGUAAACUUAAUCUUGUCAUUCUGUAUAUCUUAUGUUGUAACCCUUAUCAGAAAUAAGUCUUUGUCCUCGUUGGGCUGCUUUCAGGGGACUAUAGUGAGUCAAAAAUUAUCCACACUCCUUACUCAUGUGUGUAUAUAUAGGAGUAAAUAGAAGUAACAUGACAGCUUAUGAAAAAAAAAAUCAGUCUGUAAAUAAAUAUGUUUAUUAAGCUGUUUCUGGUGAUAGAGGAAAAUGUUUUACUGACUCACACAUGACCUGUAUAAAUCUUUUGUUGAACUGUCAAAUGUUUAUGAUUAAAUUACAUAAGG